ACGCGGAAGGGAUCAGGCGGUGAGGCGCGGUCACGCCACUCAACACUUCUAGUACACUCUAACAUUGGCCAUGUCAAUGGUCGUGGUAGAGUGGUAGUAUCAUAGGUUAUAUAGGUGUUUAGGGGUUGAGUGUAGUCAGUACAUAGGUGUUCUGUGGUGUAGUGCCGUGGUGAAAGUGUUCUGCGGUGUAGUCGUGGAUAAGAGACGCUCAUUGGCAGACGAAGCACUGCGCACGUGAAAUGGGAUCGAUGUUGCAGCAAGGCGUGCGUGGUUUUUGUCGGCGAGGCCGACGCGUUUUGCACAGUAGAAGUGCACUGAGUGAAAAUGACGUGGUUUCUAGCAACUUUACUAACCGAAACCCGCGCAACUUGGAGCAAAUGCUGCUUGCCCACAAGCAUCGUGGCUUCGAGCUCGACAAACCCAGCUGCAGCUACUGGCACAAGUUGGUGUUUGAGAGCAGUGGGCAGAGUGUGAGUGGAUCUGUGGUGCAUGUUGACGGCCACGUGGUGCUGCGGGUGUCUAGCUCUGAGUGGGGCAUACGGAAGCAGCUUGUCAGCGCUACUGACCGCAGUGCAGCUGCAGCUGUGGCAUCUGUGCUGGCCAGGCGCUGCCUUGAAGCAGGCCUCCUGUGUGUAGAGGCUCCCACUGGUGAUGGUGAUCAGCAAGGCUCCCUGCGGCUUCAAGCUUUCUUGGAUGGCAUGAAGGAAGGUGGCGUCCUGUUGACUGAAUCAUGGAGUCCUCACUGACAGCAGCGCAAAGUAGUCUCUGUUUAAAAAUUUCAUGCUACUGAUAUUAUAUGAGAGGCGUGUAGUCAGUUUUGUGGUAGUUGAGUGUUGAAAAUCUCACUUACUGGUGCCAAAAGCUAGCUAGAUUGAGAUUUUUUUGGUGACCCAUUUGUGAGCUGAAUAAAAUAUAUUUCAUUAUUGUUUUGCAGUGUGAA